AUGAGUAACACCUCAUCUCCUGCCUCUACCAUUACGGCGAGGACCGCACCUGUUGCAGGCGUCAAGCGGCCCCGCGAACUUUCCGAUGAACCUUCACCAAUAGAAGGCGGUCCAUUUACUCAACCCUCUCCACCGGCCUCUGCGGCUUCGUCGAUAUCCUCGUCUUUUCGCAAUGUCUCCGCCUGCAAUCGAUGCCGUCUGCGAAAGAAUAGAUGUGAUCAGCGGCUGCCAGCCUGCGCAUCGUGCGAAAAAGCUGGAGUAAAGUGUGUGGGGUAUGAUCCAAUUACAAAGAGGGAAAUUCCGAGAAGCUACGUCUACUUCCUCGAAACCCGCGUUUCAUAUCUUGAGACUCUCCUACAAAAUAAUGGCAUCCCCUAUGCACCGGCGCAGGCUUUUGAAUCCGACAACGCGCAGGGGGCUGGGCUGAAUGGAACCUCUGCGCUGUCUGAAGAGAAACCGACAAACACAGACGGGGCUGCCCGAAGAGCUAUUGGUCCGGCCGCGGGGCGUGAAUUGCCGGAAGAUGGUUGGCGCAGGCCGCAAAAUGACGCCGACAAAUUAAAUAAAUUAGUAUCGAAUAUUGGCAUGGUUUCCGUCCAAGGCGCAUCAGAUCCGCGAUAUCUGGGGUCUACGUCUGGGAUUUCAUUUGCACGUGUUGUUUUCGCCGCUGUGAAAAGCUCAGUCACGGGGGCAUCGUCAGAAAGAGGCAGCAUUCGACCCAGCACAGCUGCAUCGGGAGGUCCAACCAUGCGAGACUCAUUUUUUGGUCUGCAUACGAAGCCAACAAUAAAACCUGCCCCGUUUCCCGAUAAGGAUCUUGGCGUGAAGUUGGUUUCACUUUAUUUCGAGCAUGCAAAUCCUCAGAUACCCAUCUUGCAUCGGGGAGAGUUCAUGAGUCUCUUCAAUCGGGCAUAUUCUAUCGAUGAAAAGCUACGAACGCCAAGGGAAUUGUAUAUUUUGAACAUAGUCUUCGCCAUCGGCGCUGCCAUCAUCUGGGGCUCGUCUGAUCGGGAAGAGUCUCCUGACCCUUCAACUUCUAGCUCUCAAGCUAAGUCUUCGCCGGGGCCAGGCGAUGGCAAAAACCCGCUUUCCAGUCAGCAGCAUCAGCCUGAAGAGUAUCAUGCGUCUGCCAUCGUUCAUUUGGAGUCGUUUCUAGGUUCAUCUCCGGCUGCUGACCGGCCGGACGGCUUUGGUGGUGGUUUGGAGGAGCUACAGGCCGUUCUAUUGCUGGCCAGCUUCGCACUUCUGCGCCCUGUGGCACCGGGACUAUGGUACAUUAGCGGUGUUGCCGUGCGCUUAGCCGUCGAUUUAGGUCUCCAUUAUGAAGAUGGCGUGGAAAUCGAGGCUGCGGCUGCGGCUGAACUCGGUCAGCGGAUCAAACAGGAGGGUCUGAACGAGGCCUCUGCUAUGCCUCCGCACGCGCCAAAAGUCGAUGCAAAGGAAGUGGGGCGCAGGGAAUGGGUACGCGACUUGCGAAGGAGGUUGUGGUGGUGCGUCUAUUCAUUUGAUCGUCUCGUUAGCACGUGCGUAGGUCGCCCAUUUGGCAUUACGGAUUUGGUUAUCACCACGGAAUUCCCAUCUCUACUUGACGACGACUAUAUAACGCCAGAAGGCUUCCUCUCACCGCCUAAUAAUUCUAUUGUUCCAAGUUAUAAGCUAGUCUCUCAUCACUAUAUCCGCCUACGGCUACUCCAAUCAGAAAUAUUGCAGGUCUUGCAAUAUCAGCAGGCAAAGAUUGCACGCGCACAUGGAGUAAACAAGCACAAUAAAUAUAUGCCAAAACAUCUUGUCUCGCCGUGGCUUCACCGAUUCAAUUCAUUCAGAGCAUGGAGGGCUGAUAUUGAUCAUCGAUUGCUCGAAUGGAAGGAAUCAUCGCCAAGGCAGGAAGAUAUCGGCGUCAGAUUCCCUGUGCAGUUCUUGGAAUUGAAUUACUGGCAAGCCGUGAUCAUGUUGUAUCGGCAUAGCCUCAGCGUGCCGCACACGCUUGCAGAGGAGCUAGGGCCGACAGAUGACGUUUCUAGCCCAUCUAUGAUCAACGUUGAAGAAAAGGAAGAUGAGGAGCGAGUAUAUCUAAAGGUAGCGGAAGCUGGGCAAAAGGUCUUGAGAAUUUACCGGCAGCUUCAUCGCGUCCGUCUUGUCAACUAUACGUUUCUGGCUACACAUCAUCUCUUCAUGGCAGGUCUUUCGUUUCUUUAUGCGAUUUGGCAUUCUGCCCUGGUCAGAAGUAAAUUGACUAUGGAUGAAGUGGACUUUACGAUCCUCUCUGCGACAUCAGUACUAACAGAUCUGACCCAAAAAUGCCCACCUGCAGAAGCCUGCCGCGAUGCUUUUGACCGGAUGAGCAAGGCCACUGUUCAGAUGUGUCUCUCGACGACUGGAUUUGGGUCUCAAGCAUCCGGCCUAGAUUCACGGCGGACGGUUCCAUCAGCGUAUCAGCCUCCACCUUACCAAUCACGCGAAAAUAUGGCGCCUCCUCUGAAUACCAAUAUCGAAAACAACAGCAACCGCAAUGGUCAACAAAAGGUUGCACCCAAUAAUCCUGCGGUACAAAGCUCAGUGAGACCGCCUCCUCGAUUUGACAUGAACCUGGGCGAUCUUUUCCCGGAAGAGAGCAGUGCACAUGGUCGAGGCUACGAACAGGGCCAAAAUGCCAGAAAUCCGCCACCAGCUUCAAGAUGGUGGCCGAGGCAAGAAGGCAGUAUAUCUCCAUUGGGGAAUCCUAAAAGCAUAGCAUCAUCAUCAUCUUCCCCCCAGGUGAUCGCCGCUGUGCCUGCAUCUUCUGCUGCGCAAAACACGCUGUACAAUGCUGUCCCAGGAGGUCACCGAAGAGUUCCAGCGUCAGCGGACCCGAACAUGCAGGCCCAUUUUGCCCAGGUGCAAGCACAAGCGCGUGGUACACAGAGCCAAGGUCAACCCCUAACAGCGGAAAAUGUUUACGGACACAGCAUAUUGGCAGACCCUUCAUUUCAGGCUUUUGAUUUUAUCGAUAAUGGAGUCGGCAAUACGGGCAUUGAUUUUGGUUUUGGGAUGGGUAUGGAUCUGGAUCACGACUGGAGUGACGGUUCACAGUUUGAUCUCUUUGAUGGCUUCUUUUUUGGAGGGCCUACUACUAGUUCUGGUCUUUGA